AUUUGAUUGCGCAAUUCCAUGGUCUCUGUCCCACGUCUUCUGAGGAUUUUCAAUGACCUGAAUCCUAUCUGGGGUAGAUACGGUAAUAUCACAGUGAGAGUGAUAUCAGAAACGGCCUCUCUGAUCUUCAUUCCCUCAGUUGCCACUCGUGAUUGGGUUGUUGAUGUGGGAUUCUGGCAAGCUGGUAACUGUUCUUGCACAGUUUACCCUUGGUCUCCAGAAGGCCUUUCGGAAUUAGAAGAGUUGCAGACUGCUCCGACGUGGGCGAUUCUGAAAAACGUCCCUCCUCAAUUAUAUUCUUUUGACGGUAUUAGUGUCAUCGCCAGUGGUAUAGGUGAGCCUCUUCACACUGAGAAGUCGAGGCUUGAUCCGAUCAAUAUGGGUAUGACAAAGGUGAAAGUUGUCAUUAAGCUUGAUAAGAUUCUUCCCACCACUGUCAUAGUCAGAGAUGUUCAAGGGAACAAAGCUCGUAUUGAGGUGGAAUAUCCGCGUCCACCUCCUCAUUGCCUCAAUUGUGGUAAGUAUGGUCACUUGCUUAGUCGAUGUCCUUCUCCACUCUUGAAGAAGUCUCCUUUCAAGAAAAUCAUUCCCGCAGGUUCUUCUGAUGUGGCUCAUCCUUCAGUCAUCCUCCCUUCUCGGUCAGAUUCUGUGUUGCCAAUUGGGGACAAUCAGGUUAUUCCGGAUUCAGAGACCAUUAAGCCAAAAAGAAGGAGAUCUCGAUCAAGCAAAAGAUCAAGAAGCUCCCCACCUUCUACUCAAGGUCCAGCGACCUCUACCUUGAUCAUCAUACCUCCUCAGGAUCAUCUUGUUAAAGGGAAGGCCUUACGGGUUAACUCUGCAGUGAUUGCUCCAUCGAAGACUACUCCUCCUGAAGGAACUCUUUCUGGUUUUGUUGAGGAUAAGAAAAAACAUGGGAAGGACAAAGUCACAAGUAGAGAGAAAGGCAAGGAGAUUGAUCCCAAUUUUCCUAUACCACCAGGCUGGGGCGUCAUGUCAAAAAAACAGAGGAAAAAACUAUUGAAGAAAUGAAACACCCCAGCGGCGAGAAGGUUUUUGUGGGAUGAUAUCUCUGCGUUAUCUUCUUCUUCUCCCCUAAAUACUACUCCUUGGGCUUUGGUUGGAGACUUUAACCAGAUUGCGAAUUCUUCUGAGCACUUCUCGGUUAUUCAUUCUACUAUGUCUUUAAAUGGAAUGGAGGAUUUGCAGAAUUGCUUAAGGGAUAAUGAGCUGGAUGAUAUUCCUAGUCGUGGGGUUUAUUACACUUGGUCUAAUCAUCAGGAUGACAAUCCCAUAAUAAGGAAACUGGACAGAGCCUUAGCAAAUGGUGAGUGGUUCUCUACUUUCCCUAAUGCAGUGGCUGUUUUUGAUCCUCCUGGCGAAUCUGACCAUGCUCCUUGCAUCAUCAAUUUAGACACUCAACCUGCGAGAUCAAAAAAAUGUUUCAGGUACUUCUCCUUCCUUUCCACACAUCCAGAUUUCAUCUCUUCUAUUUUGGCUGUUUGGGAAGAACAGAUUAUGGUGGGCUCAGCUAUGUUUUCUCUUGGUGAACACCUAAAGGCGGCUAAGAUUUGUUGCAAGAGAUUGAACAGGAUUGGUUUUGGUAAUAUCCAGCAAAAGACCAAGGAUGCUCUGUUGGCCUUAGAGAAUAUCCAAUCGGAAUUACUCUCUUCUCCGUCUGAUUCUCUUUUCAGAGAGGAGCAUGUUGCUAGAAAAUGGGAUUUUUUUGCGACUGCCUUAGAGUCUUUCUACAAGCAGAAAUCCAGGAUUCGCUGGUUGCUAGAAGGAGACGCCAAUACAACUUUUUUCCACAGAGCGGUUCUUGCUCAUCAAGCAAAAAAUAUUAUCACUUAUCUCCGGGGUGAGAACAAUGAAAAGGUGGAUAAUGUCAAUCAGAUUAAGGAUAUGAUCAUUGCAUACUACUCUCAUCUUUUGGGUUCUGCGAGUGACAUAUCUCAGCCUUUCUCUGUUGAAAGGCUACAAGAGCUUCAACCAUUUCGGUGUAACUCUGAUCUUGCUGCCAAACUCACAGCCAUUCCAAGCGAUGAAGAAAUCAUCCAAACUCUCUUCUCCAUGCCAAAAAACAAAGCUCCUGGACCAGAUGGAUUUUCGGCCGAGUUCUUUUGGGAGGCUUGGACUGUGGUAAAGGACAACACUGUGGCGGCGGUUAGGGAUUUUUUCAGGACAGGUCAUCUACUAAAAAAAUUCAACGCAACUGCCAUCACGUUAAUUCCCAAAGAUCCAGGGGCUGACCAGUUAUCCAAAUUCAGACCUGUCGCUUGUUGUAACACAGUCUACAAAAUCAUCACUCGUCUGUUAUCCAAGAGGCUCAAGUUGUUUAUCUCGGAUGCAGUCCAAGGCAAUCAGGUAGGUUUUAUAAAAGGGAGACUGCUCUGUGAAAAUGUUCUUCUUGCUUUUGAACUAGUUGAGAACUUUCACACAAUUGGGGCAGUUUCUAGAGGCUGCCUGCAAAUAGAUAUCUCAAAGGCCUAUGACAACGUGAAUUGGACCUUCCUCAUCAAUAUCCUUAAGGCAAUGCAGCUUCCUGAGAUUUUUAUCAACUGGAUUUGGGUUUGCAUUUCUUCUCCUUCUUAUAGCAUUGCCUUCAAUGGAGAAUUGAUUGGCUUCUUCCAAGGAAAGAAAGGGAUACGACAAGGGGAUCCUAUGUCGUCUCAUCUAUUUGUUCUUGUUAUGGAUGUUCUGUCUAGAUCCUUAGACAAAGGCGCUGCUAGUGGUCUUUUCCAGCCUCAUCCUAAGUGCUUUUCUCCUCUUGUCACUCAUCUGAGCUUCGCUGACGACGUGUUAGUCUUUUCUGAUGGUUCUGCUGCCUCUAUCGCUGGCAUCCUUCAAAUUUUAGACGACUUCAAAGCUGGUUCUGGUCUGGGAGUCAAUAUACAGAAAAUCGCCCUCUUGAUUGAUGGUGGCGAUUUUGAGAGAAAUCGUUCCAUGGCAGCCCAAUUUAACCUCACUCAAGGUGCUCUCCCUGUUCGUUACUUGGGAGUCCCGCUAAUGGCUCAAAAGAUGAGAAAACAAGAUUAUCAGCGCCUAAUUGACAAGGUUAAUCUCAGAUUCACUUCUUGGACUGCUAGACACCUCUCCUAUGCGGGAAGAUUACAGUUACUGAAAUCGGUCAUCUUUUCCACCAUAAACUUCUGGACCUCUAUCUUCCUUCUUCCAAAUCACUGCCUACUCAAACUUGAACAGAUGUGCUGCGCUUUUUUAUGGAAGGGCGCACCCAAUUCAGCCCGAGGGGCAAAAAUUGCUUGGGAUGUGGUCUGCACUUCUAAGGCUUGUGGAGGUCUUGGUCUUAGGAGAUUAACGGCAUGGAAUAAAGUGCUUGCUUUAAAGUUGAUUUGGCUUUUGUUUUCAGCUGCUGGCUCUUUAUGGGUUUCCUGGAUUCGCCUGAAUUUGAUUGGUAAUAGAUGCUUCUGGGAUUUAAACCCGGCUUCCUCAAGUAGUUGGAUUUGGAGACAGCUUUGCAAACUUAGACCCCUUGCUAGACCAUUCUUUCACUACAAGAAAACAGUGUUUGUCUGCGAAUUGGGGUCUGGUAUCACUGCAAAGUUUUGGCAGGAUAAUUGGACAGGGUAUGGGCCUCUUAUUGAUUUAACAAGUCCUCUUGGUCCACAAACUAUUGGGUUGCCUCUUGAUGCUGUGGUUAGGGAUGCUGUGGCUGGUAACUCCUGGAGGCUUUCUUCUUCUAGAAGCAGGAACCAGACCAUCACCUUACUAAGAAAUAUCCUCCCAAGUCCGGAGAACAUGAUUGAGAGCCAGAAUGACGAUUCAUAUCUAUGGAAAUAUGAUCAUCAUGCUCCCUCAAACACCUUCUCUGCGUCUAAGACUUGGCUUGCCCUCUAUCCUCCUCAAGCCACGGUACCUUGGAACAAGUCUGUGUGGUUCAGUGGCAACAUCCCAAAACAUGCCUUCAUUUCUUGGAUUGUUGCUUGGAAUAGGCUGCAUACGAGAGACAGAUUGAGGAACUGGGGCUUGGCUGUCCCGGCGUUCUGCAUCCUUUGUAAUUCCCAAGAUGAGUCCAGGGAUCAUUUGUUUUUUGCCUGCAGAUUCAGUGCUAGCAUUUGGGGCUACUUUACUUCAAAGGCUAACCUGACUCCUCCAACCAAGUUUAUGAGCUGUCUCCUUUGGGUUGAUACUGUUUCGAGAAACAAGAAUAUCACUCUCAUAAUCAAGCUCCUUCAUCAAGCCUCCAUGUACUUAAUCUGGCGGGAAAGGAACCAGCGCAUUCAUUCUGCCUCUCCUAGGUCUGCGCCUUCGCUCAUCAAGGAAAUUAAGAUGAUCGCCAGGGCGAGACUCGACCCUCUCUCGAGAAAACAGCGUUGUAUUCCUCCUGCUCUAACCCUUCUAGCAACUUGGUUCUCAUUGUUUCAGUGAUGUUCCUCUGCUCUUUUCGUUUCUCUCUUUUGUAGGUUGUUGAUUCCAAGAAAUGGUUUGUUUCUUUCUGGUGUGGGCCUGUGGCCUCUAUUUGGGCAUUUGCCAUGUAUGUUGUUGGACGUUUUUUCUAAUGGAAAUUAAAAA